CUUGCACUCUUUCGUACGUUUGGCAUGUGGAGUUACCGUGAUGGUUUGAUGAAAAAUAUAACGAAUUGAAUAGAAAUCACAAAUAAUGUCAUUUGAGUGACUACCUAUAAUAUAAAAUAGUUUUAUUAUUCUUUGGUCGAAAGGCUUAAGUUAAAAAAUGUCUUCGCGAGGAGUUAUGGUAACGGGGACGAAUGGAGCCGACUUUGAGCACAGGGAGAAAAUAGCAGCUCAAUAUCAAAUAAGUGCUCUGAACAAGUCCAGGCUGAAGUACUGCAUAUUUUUUCAUCACAUGCUCUUCUUGGUGAUGCUUGCGAAGCUCUCUGCUGACAUAUUGGACAAACUCGACAUAUUUAUCUUGGAAAUUGAAGAACUGCAAAUUCCACAGCCUCUCUGGUGGGAGUACAUAUGGUGUCUUUCGCUACUUCUCUCCUUCCUUGGACUAUCUGCAAUUAAACGUAACAAUAUCCGCUACCUUCGAAGAUACAUGUACGGGAUCACUGCUCUAGGCUUUGGUCCUCUUCUGUACUGCGUUCUCUACUACUGCGGUGAUGUCUGGAGGUACCUGUCGAAGGACGAAGAAGAAGACGACAGUUCUGAAGUUGAGAUUGAAUUGUGGCAGGGUUACCCUUAUGGCCUGCUGUGGUACGCGUACGUGCUGCUAGCGUCGCAAGUACACUUCUUCCAACUUUACUUCUCGUACAACCUGCUCAAGGCGUGGCGGGCACGGGGCGCGCUCAGGAAAGCCGAAUAAACGUAACUCGAUGGUUCUACCUUAUUUAUUAGAUUCCACAUUCGACAGCUAUACGUAUCAAUUUCUCAAAUGACACAAAAUGUUCACAUGCCUUAGCGAAUCUAGUAAUAAUGUCAUCAUAAUAAAAUCGACUAUUCACACGUAUGAAGUGCACAGGGUUUUUUACACAUGAUUAAAUGACAUCACUCAUUAUGAAUCUGGUGAAUGGGGAAUGUGACGAAUAAGGAGUACGGUGUACUAUUCAUAAUUGUUAAUUUUGGUUUGACAAUGGUUUCUUUUCUCUGUUAAAAUUGUAUUCUAAUUAAUUCAUACGUGGACAGCCGGGAUCGAGAUACAUUUAAUUUUGUCACUGCCACUUUGUAUGUAUGGUCGACGAGUAUAAAAUCGAAAUGUUGCAAUAGCUCGGAACCUAUUCGUACUUUUAUUAUUGAACGGUAUUGCAGAUGCACUAAAGUACAUUCAGUGUAAGAUACAUUCACUAAUAACUGCCAGUUUAAGCAAUUGUCAAAUAAAAGGAAGUAUAUCCAUCAAAUAUAUAACUUAAAUUUGGUUUACUUGAAAAGACAUUCAAGUUUAACACUUGAUUCCAUAUCAACUGUGGAGUUUAAACUUGUUUACUUAGUUUAUCAAUAUUUAUGCGUUUAUGUCAAUUGAACAGCUCUCUUAGGUUUUCAAUUAUACUUAUCGUUUUUAAAAUCUGUAAUUUGUCUUGAUGUCUUUUUAUAAAAACAUAUUUUAGAAUAUCUAUAAAUGUGAUAGCAGUAGGUGUCUAAGCACAAAUGCCAUUUUAAUCAAUCAAAUGUGGUUAAUUUUUACAAGACAAACCAUUUUGUUGUCAAAAAUAUUUAUCGAAAUGUCUGAGACCCCAGAGGUAAAUGUUAAUGACAUUUUAAAUAAUUUUAACGAAGUUUUAUAUACACGUAUGCCUAAGCGAGUUGAAUCAUACAGGUGUCAUAAUAUCAUAUGUUCAAAUGCGGGCGUAUUAUGGCAAAUAUAAUAUUGUAAAUAAAUUAAAUUAUUAUCUUCUAUUGUCCAGUUUAAGGGUGUUAAGAGUUUGUUUUGUUUGAAGUUGUCCCUAAAGCACUUGUUUUAUAUUAAUAAAAUAUUUUUAAAAUAUUU